AUGGCAUCAGCUCAAACAGCCCUUGAGAACUCUGAAUUCUCCUUACUCAGCGUUCAGGAACUCAUCAAAGAUCCCAAUAUCACUGUGCCAAACGACUACUUUCGUCCCAAUCAAGAGCCUCCAAAACUCUUGAACAGGAACGAUCACUUCCCUGCAAUCCCCACUAUUGACUUGGAACGUUUAGUUUCCGAGGAACGCUCAGAGUUUGAACUAGAGAAGUUGGAAGCAACGUGCAAAGAAUGGGGUAUCUUUCAGUUGGUGAACCAUGGAGUUAGCUCUUCACUGCUGGAGAAGCUGAAAUUUGAGAUCCAAGAAUUUUAUAAGCUUCCUGUAGAAGAGAAAAUGAAAUACAAAAUAAAGCCUGAUGACUUUGAAGGGUAUGGAUCCCUGGCCNUUGCAUGUUAA